UCCACGAGCACCCACAGCUUUCGGCCGAGAGAAACAAGCCGGUGCUCCGUGCUCUAUCUAUAAAUAAACUACGUCGAUGUCUUCAAGAGAAACAGAGUUCGAGUGGAGUGCCCCCGUUAAGCCACACUUCUACUUCAGGGCUUCAGGCGGCCGGCAUGUGCGACGGGCGGGGCUGCAAGCGGGAGUCCGCCGUCCGCGCCUCGCUGCGCCCGGGCGAGCGGCAGGCUGCGUCCGCGGCCGGCGGGCUCGGCCGGGGCCGGAACUGCGCGGCGACGGAAACUGCAGCAGCUGUGGCCGAUCAGACGGUGACGGCAAGGACUAGCUCGUGGAAGAAGGCGGAGCCGGAGGUGAGGCGCCGGGCGACGGGAGCCGCGGCGGGAGCGGCCGAGAUCGCCAGGACGGAGAAGCUCCUCUUCUUGCUCCUGUGGGGGCCCAACUGACCCACAGCACCUUAUUACGGUCUACGGAUAUUUGAACGAGACGUCCAUAUACAAUUAUGCAAUGUAUAGUUUUCGCCUAUACCCCUUGUAGUAGUAAUAAAGGAAAAUUAAUGCUCCGUCUGAGGAUUGAAAUGCAUGACCACAAACGUUUUCCUCUU